AUGUUACUUCUCCUCACCUUUGUUGAUACUAACACUGCGGUCGGGAAGCCACUCCGAACUUGCAAGUCCUUGCGUUUGUUCACCCUUACCAGACCCGUAUAUAGACAGCUAGCCCAUGACUUACUGGCUAGAUCCAGGCCACUUCCUCUCCACUCCUUCCAGCGCCUCUCUGAUCUUUCAACACCCGCGCUCAUUGCCGCUGUCGACCGUGCACGAGGUUUUGAGAAGGCCGUACCUUCUCAUGAAGAGAUCGAUUGGCUAUCUCCCAUCACCAGCAGCUACACACUCUGUGCGACUAAGAGCGGCCGUGUUUUAUGCUGGGAUGUGAGGAGAGAUAUCUGCCUUGCUGAGUGGGACCCGAGAUCCUUGGCAUGUUCCGGUGGAGGGGAUGAAGAUGAAGACGAGGACGACGAGGAUAAAUGGGAGUUAUGGAAAUGCCGUGUCGAAUUUGAAGAGCGCACAGUAUAUUUCACCAUGGCCAGGGUUCUCAAGGGAUAUCACGAUGACCGCCCCCCGCCCCCGCCCCCAGUAUCGACUAUUCCCAUUCCAGAAUCGGCGCGUCCGGUAUUUGACAAGCUCACGAGCUUCCAUACAACGGGGGUCAUCAUGAACGUGUUCCUUCUUGACCCACCACGUCGCUUGCUGAGCGCUUUUGUAUGGAUUGCGAGUAGUAACACUAUCGGGUUGUACGUACUCCUUGACUGGGCGAAAGACGACUAUGUGUUUGUGGAUACUGGUGUUGGAUGUCUCAUCUCCUCCAACUGGUCCUGCAUCCUCCACGAAGACCAAAUCGUAAUCCACAGCGAAGAAGCCGACGCCGCAUACCAGCACUUUUACCCACUCGAAGUGCUCAGGACAUAUGGCCGUCCACGUUGUAUCGCUUCUCCGGCAACUCACGCACAAACUCAACCUCAGGCAGAAGAGGGCACCCUUCAGGAAAACAACGGCGAGGACAUACCAGACUCGUUGAAGAGCUUGUGGAAUAAACUCCCAACGAUAUGUGCGAGACUUACGCCGAGUAGGAGCAUCUCAAAGAAAUUCGUGUUUCCUUCUGUACCGGGGACCUCGGGUGCGGUGAUUGGCAUGCCUCCUGUAGGUGAUGAAGAUGAAGAAGACACUGAGGAAGAGGAUGAAGUUAGUGCCGCGGAAGAAGAUCAAGGACAGACCGAAAAUAAUACUGAGCCCGUUAGUGAAGAAGAACAGACCGGCGCGAAUGAGGUAUCUUCGACAGUACCUUCCGUUGAAGAUGAGCAGUCUGUGGGUCAUGAAGAACCUGUAGACGAAGAGGAGCCACCAGAUGACGAAGAAGAAUUUGAAGAUACUCACGAGGGCGAAGAAGAGAUGCCUUUCGCUCCGAAGAGGACAGGCGAAAGGCGUACACGUUUCGAAGAUGAAGAAACAGGAAAUGAUAGUAGCGCAGACGGGCCCAGUAGCUCGCAAGGUGGUGCGACAACGUCUGAAUCGUUCACAAACCCUUAUCCUUUCCCCCCUUGGUACCCCGAGUCUGCACACUUUGUGCGGCAGUGGUGGCCUACUCUCCCUGGUGUCCCGCGGUUGAGCUGUACCGUUGUCCUCCUUGCAGCUCACGACCCUGAGACGCACCGCACGCGUUUUGUGCUCGCGCAGCAUUACUUCAAGGUCCCCAUAACCCCUGAGGGGCUACCUGUUGUGGGAGAAUCAAGCACGAGCAGCUCGUCUCGUUCUGCACAAGCAAACGACGAUGACAUGCUUCAUCUGUGGUAUGUCAGCACACCGUUCGAAGUCGUCUGCGUGCUCGAAGAGGGGGACGACGAUGAAGAUACUGGCGACCGGCCACGACCUCUCGUGGCUGUUGAUUUUGGGCAUGCAGUAUGGGUGGAGUAUGGUUCUUCUGUUGUGCCCCCCACCCUCAAUAACGAUCACCUGCAUCCGCAUCCGCGGCGGCGGGUUCCCAAAUGUCUGCGCUUCGUCACCUUCCCUCCUGUGCACGGCCGCCGGGAGCGGACUGAAGAGGCGGUGGUGCGCACGCUCGAGAUCCCAGAGGAGCUGGACUUGGAUGUCGUUGAGACAAUCAAUAUUGAUCAGAGCCAAGGGGCUGUGAUUUUGAGUGUAAGGGACGGUAAGAUUUUUAUUUUGAGGUAUGAAUGA